AUGAAUGAUACGCUGUUAUUUUCAAGCGACAGCAGUUUCGGCCGUACUUUUUCACAAUCGAAUCCCCUUCGAAAUAGCCAUCUUAAGGCAUUUUUGACUCGUUGUGGUAUGCAUUUGAAAUGUCUGGAUAUAUCCGGUGUGGUGCAUCUCCUGGAUGAGCAAGCUUUCGAAAUCAUUUCUUCGCUAUGUCCAAAUUUGGAAAAG